UUAACUAUUACCAUUUUGGUUAAAAACAUUCUUAUCACUUACCUCUAGUUCACAUUGAAGACGUAUUUUAAUAUCCUUGAUCCAUUCAUGGUGUCAGUCUCCUUUUCUAGACUUGACUUUUUGACUUUUCUAGACCACCAACGGGUUAAAUACAACUGUUAUAUCAAACCGUACACAGUGGUUCAAUCAUUCAAUAGGUUCAAGUAUUCCAAAUAGAGUCAUAUGAAGCACAACAAUUUCAAAACAGUCGGAAAACGGAAACCAAAAUGGCUACUUUAAAAAUAAUUUCCAGCAUAUUUCUCAUAUCAGGAGUCCACAAGUUAAAAGGGUUGUUUCAAGAUUUAGAGCAGUUAAGGGCUCAUACAUGCCAGCCAUGCAGGUUCAAAAAUAUGUAUUCAGCGGCCAGAAAAGGAAAGGCUAAAAAGCUUGCGGCUGCCCCAGAAAAAAUAGAGGAGAAAAAGAUCUACAAGGGAGAGCGUCCUCUGCACACGGUGUAUUUAGCCGAGGACUACCCUCCACAGGCCUUCUCCCUGGCAGAAUGCUUUAACAUGCACCAGGAGGCUGCUCAGCCUACCAUGGCCAAUACCCCCGAUACCCAGAUAUACGCGGAUGUUACUCUGGACCUUACAACUAAGAAGAAGACAAAGUUUAUUAAACAUGUGAGAGGCCUGAUGGAAUAUCCUCACCAGUUUAAUCACGAACAGAAGAAAGUCUACAUCUUGUUCAGUGAGAACAAGAGCGAUAUUGAGUAUGCACAAGAAAGGAAUGCCAUGUAUGCAGGUGGGGAUGACAUCUACAAUUACAUCAAGCAGAAUCUGAUUCGCCGUGAGGACAUUGAGGCAUGUGACUUUGUGUUUGCCACACCCACCAUGGCUGUCAAGCUCAUCUCUGUACGCAGCUUCCUCAUGGACCUGCUGCCAACCAAGAAAAAUGGUUGUAUCAUUGAGACGAGUCUAGAGCAAGUAUGGGAGCGACAUGAGACGGGCGUUUCCUUCAAGGCAGUCAAGGAGUCAGACCAAGUUGGGAGGGCUCAGAUUCCAUUUGGACAGUUAAAUCAGGAUUAUGAAAAAGUGAAAGAAAACUUUGAGCACAUGAUGAAAACUCUGGCAGAAUUUAAACCAGCAAAUACCGGUCAAAUUGUGAAGGAGGUAUCAAUAGUGGCGCCUCCUUCCGAGGAGCGGUUUCUUCUGAGUCGGGACGACUACCAGAAUGAAAAGAAGUCAAGACCAUCAAGAUUGGAACAAGAGGAUGAAGACUCAGAUGAAGAGGGUUCAUGAUUCACUUGUAUAUAUGUGCAUUCUUUAGUUAAUAAAUUGUGAUUUAUCAA